CGCCUCUUACGGCGUGGAUUCCAAACAAAGCAUUCUACGGUUUCCAACCGACCAUUGCCACCCCUUCCCUUUUGACAAGCACAUCAUGAGUGACAACGCAGAAUACAAGGAGGCAUUCGCGCUAUUUGACAAGCGAGGCAAGGGCGCAGUGCCAAGAGAGACGCUAGGAGACCUUCUUAGAGCACUCGGCCAGAAUCCUACGCAAGCUGAGGUCGCCGAGAUCGUAGCAUCAGCUCCUCGAGAUGUCGACUACAAGACAUUUCUGACUAUCUUGAACCGUCCCGACGGUUUCAAGCCGGCUGGUACACCGGAGGAGUUCAUUCGUGGUUUCCAGGUCUUUGACAAGGAGCACAAUGGCUUUAUCGGUGCGGGUGAGCUGCGCUAUGUCCUCACGCAGUUGGGAGAGAAAAUGACGGAUGAAGAGGUGGAUGAGCUGUUGAAGGGUGUGCAAAUUGGAGCGGAUGGCAAUGUAAACUAUGAAUCCUUUGUACGCACUAUCCUUAGCCAGUAGGCCUGUGGCGCAUAUAUGAUAUUGUCAUGAUUCCCCUUUGUCUGUACUUGAAGUAAUCGACGCGUACCCAUCCUUCUUUCAAAUCGUACCAUAAGCUUCGUAUAUUUGUGUCGAUGGCCGGAACAUCUCGAGUCUCUUCGAAGUACUUAUGUCGUUAUUAGUCUUAAAGUUGAAAUUGAACUCGCUCUAAGGGGCCAUUAUGAGUGUUUUGCCUACAUACGUUUAUUUACCCCCAAAUUACAUUGUAACCAUCGUGUCUACACACGUACAACUGUUCUCCAUUCCAAAACGCUUCUUAGCAUCCGUUCCAUGUAUGAAAUUAUGC